AAGCAAUGCAUUUCUAUCUGAUCGGGGUGUUUUCGAUUCUCUCCGCGGCGGCGGCGGAAGAAUGCAAUUGUUGGGAGCCCCUCGAGGUGAAAACCGACGACGAGGGAAAGCAGCAGUGCACCGGCUACGGCUGGACGCAGGGCGAUCCGGGCAAGUACACCAAAAUCGACUGGAGUCAAUCCUGCAACACGGGGCCCCUUUGCCGCUGCGAGGACCGCUGGGAAAUCCAAUCUGAGUUCUGCGCCAGCUUCGGCGACGACGGCGAAAUGACGAACAAAUGGGAUUGCGAGAACAAGGCCGAUUGGGACAAGUACAAGGAGAUGCAGGAGGCGCAACUGGCCGUCAUAUUCUCCGAAGAAAAGUCCACGUCGCCGGCGCCCGAUGGCGAACAACACACUUCCGAGGCUGCCGGGGAAGCGACUCGAGCGGAAGAAGCAGGAGUAGAGGAAACUGCGGAACCACAAGUAACACAAACUCCUGAAAUUGCGCCAGAAUCCUCACAAACCACAGUAUCAACAGAAGAGCCGACUAUAGAAACAAAUACAGAAUCCCAAUCUACAGUAGAACCUGUGUUUUAGAAACUUAUAUAUUACAAACAAGCUUAUAAUAAUUAUUAUUUAAGUAUUUUGAAAUUGAUUUUAACCAAAUUUCCUUGCAUAAUUUCGUAGCUAACUUUAGGUCGUUUUAGUUAAGUUCAAGGUUCCAAAAACUUGGCGGAAUCAUUUAGAAUUGCACUCCAGAAUCAUUUAGAACGCUUUAGUACUAUUUCUAACUGUUUAGAAUAAUUUAGGACUGCCUAGAACCAAGAAACGUCUUCGAUGUUUUAGAACUGGAAUAGAAUGGAACUGUCUAUAGAAUGAUUUAGAAC